CCAGCCGUGGCGCUGUCUUCGGGGAUGGAUCCCUGUACAUUACCUAUCGCAACCAAGUCAUAUUAAGCGUCAUGGGUGUCCCCGCUGCCUUGCUCGCUGGCUGGGCAGUGGAGCUCCCAUACAUUGGGCGCAGGGGAACUCUUGCCAUUGCCUCAGGGCUCACUGGCGCGUUUUUGUUCGCGACCACCACCGCCCAGACAUCCAACCAACUCCUGGGGUGGAAUUGCGGAUAUGUGUUUUUCAGCAACAUUAUGUAUGGCGUCUUGUAUGCUAUUUCUCCUGAGAUUUUUCCUGCGAAAGAUCGCGGAACGGGGAAUGGUCUGACGUCCACAGCGUCGAGGGUAUUUGGUGUUCUGGCCCCCGUCAUUGCGCUUUAUGCUAAUCUUGCGACGGCGGUACCUGUAUAUAUCGCUGGGGCUUUGGUGAUUUUUGCUGGUAGCCUGGCUGUCUUGUUGCCCUAUGAGCCCAGAGGUAAGGUUUCGAUCUAGAGUUUUUUUUUACUUGAAAUACCACGUUUCGAUUGCUCGUGGAACUUGAAUUGUAGGUGAUCAUAAUGUAUUAGAUACAAUAAAAUAUCCAAGGGAUUGCUCUGGUGCUUGCUCAACUGUUGCUUGCUCACCGUCGGAUAAUAAGAUCUGGCAGAUUGUAAGACAAGUCAGUGCUCUGGGAAUUGGGAACGGAAGAAAGCAGAAGGGAUUGUUGGAUACCAAGUCUAGUCUCAGCUUACUGUUUCCUCUUGGGAGAUCCGCCAAUUAUAUUCAAGUUGUUACUGGAG